UGGACGUCGAAACCACCUCUUCCCUCUACCCAUCCUCCGAAGCCGUUGUCCACAAUGUCCGCCGAAAGUCCUGGCCACAAGCCAGGUAUCCGGUCAUUCUUCUCCAAUGCCUUGCGAUCGAAGAAAUCGCGCCAAACCCUCCGCAAGAAUAGCCUGAGCCGUUCGAUGACCGACCUGCGGCAAGCCGCGCAACCCAGCGCUGAUGAGCCCCCGCCGCCAAUGCCCGACUUGGCACCUUUGCAGGCCCACCGGCUGAAGUAUAUGCAAGCACAUGCACAGCUGGACUCGCAAUUGGGCGAGCGUCUCGACUAUACGGCCAUGAUACACUCGCUGGGACUGUUAGAGCUGGAUGAGAGCUAUGGGCCGGCGCAGAUUGGCAAUGAACGUCGCGAGCCCGGGGAAGGGGAUAUUGCAAAAUUGCCUUCAGGGGCAUGGAGGUAUAUCGCGACUUUCUUGAAUCCAGCUGAUGCAGCGAGCCUGGCGUUCGCAAGCACCACGCUAUUCCGUCGACUUGGGACGCGGCCGUUUAGGGAAUUGGCAAGGCCGGAGAACUCGGACCACCGUCUCAAUUUCCUCAUUGGACUUGACCAGUCCCUACCUCAUCACCUACUAUGCUUCCCAUGCGAGCGAUACCACCGCCGAAUGCAAGAAGGCCAAGAGCGCCUCAAACCAGCCCACGUCAUCAAUCCACUCUUCAAUUGUCCCAACGCACAAAACCCGCUCAAUCCGCAACCAAAAAGCCGCAUCACCCAUGGCCGCAUGAUGCCCUUCUCCUUCGUCCAACUCACUAUGCGUGCAUAUCGCUUCGGCCCUCGAUACGGUAUCCAGCCCGAAGACCUGGGCCGCCGCUGGCACCGCGACGACUGGUCCUUUACAUCACGCUUCUAUAUCCACGAAGGCCGACUACUCAUGCGCGUUGCUAGCCAAACCUUCGCCGCACCAGCCCUUACACCCUCCGCCCAACGCCUCCUCCUCUACUCGCGCGAAGACUACUGGCCCUACUUCUCUGCGUGUGCGCACUGGCGCGACGGCGAGCUGAUGCCUGCCUGCAAAUGCGCGCUCGAGCACAUCCCCAAACCCCGCGACAACGCUGGGCUCCAGGGCCUCGAACACAAAGUCAAAGACCGAUUGCAUGGCAACCGGUUCGACCCUAACGCACUGACCUUACUAUGCGGAUUCUGUCGACCCAUGCGUCGCUGCCCCGAAUGUCCCUCCGAAUACCUGAUCGAGGUAAAACUCACCGAGGACAAAAGUGACCCUCACCAAAUGGCUUUCAGGCAGGCGAUCGUCGUAACCCGCUGGACGGAUCUGGGUGAUGGUACCUCACCGGCUGGACUGGAAUGGGGUGCCAUCAAUGGGAAGAGGGAUGAUUAUGAUUCCUUUGCCCAUGCGCAUUAUGCGAAGCGCGGCAUUGCGAGUAUCUUUGAGGCGGCAUUCACGGCGGAUACGUUGCCUGGGCAGAGGGUUAUUUCGAUGAAUCCGAAGAACGAGAAGAAAGGGGAGCGUGGGCAUGGUUGGUAUUAAUCUGUUGGUGCCUUGGUUUGGUGCUUGUUGUAGGUUCUAUGUACGAUAUUUCAAGAUCUUGGUGGUUUUAUUUUUUUCUCGAUGCGGUGCGGCGUUUGGUCGAUUCAACCCAGAUUGGAAUGACUGCUUAUGGUGACAUGGGCCUCAGAGGUGGGAGAAUUCUGGUGAUAUUACGAAAACAUGCAGGCAUGAAAAAGAUUGAGAAUCUGGCGCAAAUUAGAUGGGGCUAGCGGUUUUCUUUUCUUUUCUUUUUUUUUUUUUUCAAUGGUGAUAGGUCUAGGUAUAAGAAAAAAG